GUAUGACUUGGCAACUCCAACCCUGACUGUUCUUGCUAACUGAGUAGCGGAUUAGCUAAUGUUCGGAGCUGUUUUUGCGAAGCAACUUGAGAAAAGGGUUCUGAUUUGGAUGUUUCUACUUGGAGGAUUUCCCAGACGCCCUGCUUGAAAGACAGGGACAUUUGUCUCACGCCGUGUGUGUAAUUCUAUGGUCCACAUCAUGUCAAAGAGCAAGAGUUCUGAGACGGUCAAAGUAGUGGUGCGUUGUCGGCCGAUGAAUGAGAAAGAACUGGCAGCCGCAUUUGAGUGUGUGGUGUCAGUCGAUGUCAGAUUCGGGCAAAUUAUUGUCAGGAACCCUAGGGAGGCGUCUGCUGGUGAGCUUCCUAAAGUUUUCACAUUUGACUCAGUUUAUGACAGCAAGUCAAAGCAAAUAGAUCUAUACGAUGAAACCUUUCGACCCCUUGUGGAUUCAGUUCUGCAAGGAUUCAAUGGCACUAUCUUUGCAUACGGGCAAACGGGCACAGGAAAAACAUACACCAUGGAGGGUGUUAAAAAUGAUCCGGAAAGGAGAGGAGUCAUCCCAAACUCUUUUGACCAUAUCUUCACUCACAUUUCAAGAUCUCAGAAUCAGCAGUACUUGGUGCGAGCAUCAUAUCUGGAGAUUUAUCAAGAGGAGAUCCGAGAUUUACUUUCCAAGGACCAAACACGCCGUUUAGAGUUGAGAGAGAGGCCGGACACUGGCGUUUAUGUAAAAGAUCUAUCGUCAUUUGUCACCAAAAGUGUACGGGAAAUUGAAAAUGUCAUGAAUGUGGGGAAUCAGAAUCGAUCAGUUGGCUCUACCAACAUGAAUGAACACAGCUCUCGCUCUCAUGCCAUCUUUGUUAUCACUGUUGAAUGCAGUGAAUUGGGGGUGGAUGGAGAAAACCAUAUACGAGUUGGAAAACUCAAUCUGGUGGAUCUAGCUGGCAGUGAAAGGCAGACCAAAACGGGGGCUCAGGGGGAGAGACUGAAAGAAGCGACGAAAAUCAACCUUUCACUUUCUGCUUUAGGGAAUGUCAUAUCAGCUCUAGUAGAUGGCAGAAGCAGCCACAUCCCUUAUAGAGAUUCCAAACUGACCCGACUUUUACAGGACUCUCUUGGUGGUAAUGCCCGCACAGUCAUGGUCGCCAAUAUUGGCCCCGCAUCUUACAACGUGGAAGAGACUUUAACAACACUGCGUUACUCUAACAGAGCCAAGAACAUCAAAAAUAAACCCCGUGUCAACGAGGACCCUAAAGAUGCUUUGCUUAGAAAGUUUCAAGAGGAAAUCGCGAGACUGAAAGCACAACUGGAGAAGCGUACAGGAAAGAAAAACAAGAAGCGGCAAAAGCGAGGGGCUGGAGAUUGUAGUAACGGUCGAGGUGAAGAUAGCGAGAAUGAUGACGAAGUGGAGGAAAGCAAAGGAGAUUACUGGAGAGAGCAGAAAGACAAGCUGGAAAGAGAGAGGAAAGCAAUCAUGGAGGAUCACAGCCUGGUUGCAGAAGAGAAAGCUCAACUCCUUAAGGAAAAGGAGAAGAAAAUGGAAGAUCUAAAGAAGGAGCAGGAAGCAGGGGAUUUGUUGGCAGCCAAAGUUAAGGCAAUGGAAAGUAAACUAUUAGUUGGAGGAAAGAACAUUGUCGAUCACACCAAUGAACAACAGAAGAUGCUGGAGCUGAGAAGACAAGAAAUUGCUGAACAGAAACGAAAAGAACGAGAGAUGCAACAGCAAAUGGAUUGUCGAGAUGAGGAGACUCUGGAGCUGAAGGAGACGUAUAGUUCUUUGCAACAGGAAGUCGACAUUAAAACCAAGAAACUGAAAAAGUUGUUUGCCAAACUGCAGGCAGUGAAGGGAGAAAUCAAUGACAUCCAGGAAGCGCACAUUAAUGAGCGCCAGGAAUUGGAACAGACACAGAAUGAGCUCACACGGGACCUUAAACUCAAGCAUCUUAUCAUUGAGAAUUUCAUUCCAUUAGAAGAGAAGAGUAAAAUAGUCAACAGGGCUUUCUUUGAUGAGGAGGAUGAAUACUGGAAGAUGAGGCCCAUCACACUUAUUGAGGAUAAUCAUCAGAUGAUGAGCAGGCCUCAAUCUGCCAUCGGGUUUAGACGGCCUCUGAGUAACCAUGCUCGGACGGCCAUGAAGGACCGUCCUGACCUGAGAUACAAAGCUGAGAAUGUUCUGUUGCUUGGCAUGGAUAUGCCUUCUCGGACCACCAAAGACUAUGAGCGACCAGUUAUUGCUCCAAAGGUAGCAGCAGCUCUGGAGGAUGCGCUUAAGAAUGAGGACGAUCUUCAAGUGGAUGCCUCUGGAUUUAAUAGUAGUUUUGCACCUCUAGCUAGUGCUAGUGGAAGCCUCAGGAAACCAAAGUCUGCUCGACCAAGAACAGCCAAGCAAUCGAACACUUGGACCUCUUCAUUCAGUCUGCACAAUCCAGCAUCCCCAAUUUACCCACAAUCCCGUGGACUGGUGCCCAAGUGAAAGCUGCCAUCUAUGCACAACCCGUGCACCUUUCUAAGCUGAAACUAUACUCCGAACUGAGACAAGAAUGCUUUCUGUUUUGCAACUGUAUGGAAUUUGCAAAAGAAAAUGUAAGGAUUAAUGCUGCUUUGUAGCGAUAAUAGAAGCACCAUUUGAUACUAUCAAGUGCUUCUCAUCUUUGACUGAAUUUAAAGCACUUUCAUUAUGAGUGCAACACCUGCCUUUGAUGGCAAUGAGUUCAUUUUUACAAACCAUACACAAAUCAGCUACACAUACUAAACACAACAGGUUCCUCAGAAGAACAUUGUUUGAAAACUCCUGUACUCACCAAGCCACCGGAUGUAAAAUGCACUUUUUGAGAGUGGGCACACUUAUCUAGUUACACAGCAAGCUGUGAUGCACUUGAGAGUGAACUUGUGUUAGAGCACUUUUUUUGUGAGCUGUAUUGCCACAGAAUCGUAGCUUUUCCUGACCACGUCUUUCUGUUGACAAUUCAAUAUUUCUACUCAAGACCACUAUUUCAGGCACUAAUAUGGCCAUGCAGAUCGAAAGUUUCAAAUUCAGCUAUGUCCUUGUUUUUGCUUCCAUUGGCUUGCAGGAAAAAUUGUUCACUCGCUGCUUAAUAUCUCAGCCUACCAAAAGCUGCUAUGUAAUGAGAUUAACAUUUUUACCUGUCUGAAUUUAUUUGGCCAUGGCUGUUUGGGUUUAAAUUCAAACAUGAACUGUAGCGCUCAUCAUGUUAUGCUAUUUUCUAUGUGGUUUUUCAAGAUAGAUGCCCUGAAUUCAAGUUUAAAUGACUGAUAGGAGUAGCCAAGAUAAAGCAAACACUGAGCUAAGAUUUGUCUGCUCGACAGCGGAGGCGGUUUCUUUUGUAAAAAAAAAAAAUCUAUAUAUUACAAUUAAUGUCAGAAGAAAUUGUGAAGACUGCUGUUUCUUUUAAGUUAAUGAUUCCACACUUUUAAUAUUUCGCCACACAUUCCAACAGAGCUGGUAGAAGUAACUUUUGGAACGGUCAGCUAGAGAUUGUAAUGUAGUUGAUGUAUAAAGAUGGAGAGGAUGUAAUCAUUUUGAGGUUAGCUUGCUGCAAGUCUUGUCACUUUACUAAUACUGUAUACAAAAACCCAGGUAAAGUUUUUUUGUAUUUGUUCAGAAUGUUGGAGAGUCAUAAAAGUUACUAGUGAAUAAGUUGUCUGAGUAGUUUCCAUAAUUUUAUGUUCGAUCAUGCUCAUUUUACAGAAUCAUGAAUGCCUUAUAGUUUCAUUUAAAACGGUGUUUCUAGUUUUUAAAGAACACAAGUUGUUCAAAUCAAUUUCUUACAUCUUUGAAAUGUACCCAUGUCCUGCAUCAUCACAUGAUUUAACCCAGGGGUCCCCAAACUACGGCCCGCGGGCGGGAUAUGGCCCGCCUCCACAUUUGGUCCGGCCCCUUGAACAAAAAAAAAAAAAAAAUUUUCCCCCCCUCAAUAGUGUUAU